AUGCCUCCAUUUGACCGUGCUCAAACGAUUGGCUUUUCGUUCGGCUACUCUGUCGCCAUUUUGACGUCUAUCGUCCGCUUGGCGCAUCGGCUGAAGCGACGACAGAUAUGGUGGGAUGACUUCUGGGCGUUCAUCGCGCUGCUGUUGGCGGCGUAUAACCUGGUCGUUGCCUUACUUUUGAACCUCCCAGAUAACGCGGAGGAGAAAUACACGGUGGUCGAGUCCUCAUUCAUGCUGUAUUCGGUCUUUCAGUUGCAUCCUGCCAUCAUUUGGGCAAGUCGGCUUUCAAUCCUGGUCACCGUAGUGCGAUUCCUCUCGCCGGGUCGUAACCGAGCGAUAUCAUUCUGGAGCGUUGUCGUCCUAUUCGUGAUGUGGUUGGCCGUGGCUAUCAGUGCCAUCUUCUAUUGCGGGUACCCCUUGAUGACAGUUCCAGGAGGGGAUGGUUGCGUCUAUCAGACGGGGCCCACAAUCGUUGCUCUCAGCUGCAACGUGACUGCAACGAUUUGGCUUGUCGGGUGGCCCAUUUAUCUGUUCACUCGCAUUAAACUAGCACGUCCAGGGCGCAACUUAAUUGUUGCUUGUUUCUCGACCGGCUUACUCUUGGGCGCUCUUGACAUAUUCCAUGCGGCGAAUCUACUGACGAUUAACCUGAAAAUCAUCAAUUUCUCUGGACAUUUAGAGGUCAUGGUGGCGCUUGUGCUAUGCAAUUUACUCGUCCUUGUCGCCUACAUUUAUCGUGUAUUCCGCGGGCCCAACGGCUCCGGAGAGACGAGCAAUGACCGCACCAGUGCCUCCUACAGCGCAGAUUUGUCGCGAUCGAAAACUGAAGACGACUCCAGGCCACGGCGUGCCCGGACGAGCGGUGCACAUGUAGUCACCGAAGACAUCGAGUCUUCCAUCGGCCCCUUGACGACGGUUUAUACGAGCACCGGCGACUUUUCGCUUGGAAGUAUUGCCCAUACCUCUCCCCAGCAAAGCAAGGUAUCCAGCUACACCUCACCUCUCAAUUCAUUGGUGUCCAAGGAAAACGAUUCUUUUGCUUCCCAAAACCGGACUACUGACGGAAAGUAG